AUGCAAAACAACCUCCCACACAUAUUGUUUUGUUUUUCUGGAGGUGGUAACUCAAAAUAUACCAUUGAAAUUCUGGAGCUCCUUCGUUCAAUUCACCAUGAGUGGCCACCUAAAGUCAGCAACACUGAUAGAGACUUUGUGAUGGAGCAUUGCUGGUUGAUGAAUACCACCAGGCACCCACACACGUUCCUACCUAUUGACAAGGGCAAGGAGCACAACAUCAAGGCAUUCAGGACAACAUUUGCUACUCACGGAGUCCAUGGGACAUGGAUGCUCAUGAAGUCACAAGCUCCAGCUCUCCCAACCAUGCAAGCCAUUUGCAAACAUCUCAAAAAGCAAAUCUGGCCCCUACAUCAAGGAAUUUCUCACACCGAGCCCAGCAAAGAGAAGAAUCUCAAGCAGCUGUCCAUCGCUUACACCACCUCUCAAAUUUGCAUUGAAAAGGAGGAUGCAACACCAAAACAAGCACAGACAAAAUUCAAGACUUUGUUACAAAUAGCGCCCUCAAUCUUCUUACUAACAAAAUGA